ACUAGUGCUUAAAGUCUGUGCAAGCCUCACCAAGAUGAGGCCGCAGGGCCAGGAGGAGUUUGAUGGCCACACUGCUUAUGAUAAUGUGCUCACAGGAGAGCUGGACAGUGGCCCUGGCUCUGGCCCCAGCCCAGACACUGACAGCCAAGGACAGGGGGUACCCAAGGACCCCCUGCUCUUCAUUCAGCUGAAUGAGCUUCUGGGCUGGCCCCAGGUGCUGGAGUGGAGAGAGACAGGCAGGUGGGUGCUGUUUGAAGAGAAGCUGGAGGUAGGUGGGGGCCGGUGGAGUGCCCCCCAUGUGCCCACCUUGGCACUGCCCAGCCUGCAGAAGCUUCGCAGCCUGCUGGCGGAAGGCCUUGUCCUGCUGGACUGUCCAGCUCAGAGCCUCCUGGAGCUCGUGGAGCAGGUGACCAGAGUGGAGUCGCUGAGCCCGGAGCUGAGAGGGCAGCUGCAGUCCUUGCUGCUGCAGAGGCCCCAGCACCUCAUCCGGACCACAGGCACUAGGCCCUGUCGGGGAUCUGCCCAUCCAAGAGAGUCUUCCCAUGAUGAGGAAGCCCCCCUGAAGGAACAGCGUCAGAAUGCCCUGAGGCACAAGCUGCCUCCAGGGGCUGAGGCGGGGGCUGUGCUGGCAGGAGAACUGGGCUUCCUGGCUCAGCCACUGGGGGCCUUUGUGCGACUUCGGGAUCCGGUGGUGCUGGGCUCUCUUACGGAGGUGCCCCUCCCCAGCAGAUUUUUCUGCCUCCUCCUUGGUCCCCCUACACUGGGAAGGAGCUAUCACGAAAUGGGCCGGGCCAUGGCUGUCCUCCUCAGUGACCCGCAAUUCCAGUGGUCAGUGCGUCGGGCCAGCAACCUUCAUGACCUUCUGGCAGCCCUGGAUGCCUUCCUAGAGGAGGUGACAGUGCUCCCUCCAGGUCGGUGGGACCCGACAUCCCGGAUUCCCCCGCCUAAAUGCCUGCCCUCUCCGCACAAAAGGCUCCCCUUGCAAACGCAGGAGGUCAAGGACUCCUCUGCCCCGCGAAGGGCCCGGGCUGAGGACAGGCACGGCCACCCGCAGCACACGCCCAGCCCGGAGUUGCAGCGGACAGGCAGGCUGUUUGGGGGCCUUGUCCAGGACGUGCGGCGGAAGGCCUCGUGGUACCCCAGCGACUUCUUGGAUGCCCUGCACCCCCAGUGCUUCUCGGCUGUGCUCUACAUUUAUCUGGCCACCAUCACAAACGCCAUUACUUUUGGGGGGCUGCUGGGAGAAGCCACCGAUGGUGCUCAGGGGGUGCUGGAAAGUUUCCUGGGCACGGCAGUGGCUGGAGCUGCCUUCUGCCUCAUGGCCGGCCAGCCCCUCACUAUCCUCAGCAGCACCGGGCCAGUGCUGGUCUUUGAACGCCUGCUCUUCAACUUCAGCAGAGAUUACAGUCUGGACUACCUGCCCUUUCGACUGUGGGUGGGCAUCUGGGUGGCCACCUUUUGCCUGGUGCUGGUGGCCACAGAGGCCAGUGUGCUGGUGCGCUACUUUACUCGAUUCACCGAGGAAGGCUUCUGUGCCCUCAUCAGCCUCAUCUUCAUCUACGAUGCUGUGGGCAAAAUGCUGAGCUUGACGCGUGCCUAUCCCAUCCAGAGGCCUGGCUCUCCCGCCUACGGCUGCUUCUGCCAGUACCCAGACCCUGGAGGAAAUGAGUCUCAGUGGACAAGGACAAAGCCAGAAGACAGAGAUGGCAUCUUGAGCAUGGACCUCAUCGCUGACCACCGCUCCCUACAGGACCUGGGCCUGGUCAACGCGUCCUUGCUGCCUCCCCCAGAGUGUGUCCGGCGGGGAGGCCACCCUCGUGGCCCUAGCUGUCAUACAGUCCCUGACAUCGCCCUCUUCUCCCUCCUCCUCUUCCUCACCUCCUUCCUCUUUGCCAUGGCCCUCAAGCAUGUAAAGACAAGCCGCUUCUUCCCAUCCGUGGUACGCAAGGUACUCAGCGACUUCUCCUCGGUCCUGGCCAUCCUGCUGGGCUGUGGCCUUGAUGCCUUCCUGGGUCUAGCCACGCCAAAGCUCAUGGUGCCCAGAGAGUUCAAGCCCACAUUACCUGGGCGUGACUGGCUGGUGUCAUCUUUUGGAACCAACCCUUGGUGGCUAAGUGUGGCAGCCGCCCUGCCCGCCCUGCUGCUGUCUAUUCUCAUCUUCAUGGACCAGCAGAUCACAGCGGUCAUUCUCAACCGUGCCGAAUAUAGGCUGCGGAAGGGAGCUGGCUUCCACCUGGACUUCUUCUGUGUGGCUCUGCUGAUGCUGCUCACAUCGGCACUUGGGCUGCCCUGGUAUGUCUCAGCCACUGUCAUCUCCCUGGCCCACAUGGACAGUCUUCGGAGAGAGAGCAGGGCCUGUGCUCCGGGGGAGCCACCCAGCUUCCUGGGCAUCAGGGAGCAGAGGCUGACGGGCCUGGUGGUGUUCAUUCUCACCGGAAUCUCCAUCUUCCUGGCACCUAUACUCAAGUUCAUCCCAAUGCCUGUGCUCUAUGGCAUCUUCCUGUACAUGGGGGUGGCAGCAAUUAGCAGCAUCCAGUUCACAAAGAGGGUGCAGCUGUUACUGAUGCCAGCAAAACACCAGCCAGACCUCCUGCUCUUGAGGCAUGUACGUCUGAGCAGGGUCCACCUCUUCACAGCCAUCCAGCUUGCCUGCCUGGGUCUGCUUUGGAUAGUCAAGUCUACACCUGCAGCCAUCAUUUUCCCCAUCAUGCUGCUGGGCCUGGUGGGGGUCCGGAAGGCACUGGAGUGGGUCUUCUCGCCACAGGAACUCCUCUGGCUCGAUGAACUGAUGCCAGAGAAGGAAAGGAGCACCCCUGAGAAGGGGCUGGAGCCAGAGUGCUCCUUCAGUGGGAGCGAGAGUGAAGAGUCAGAGCUGAUGUAUCAGCCAAAGGCUCCGGAAAUCAACAUCUCCGUGAAUUAGCUGGAACUGAGCAUGAGUCCUCAAGAGCCCCGGAGUCCAGAAGAGGGUAGAACAGCUUCUCCAAAGGGAAGAAAAAACAAAUGCGAGUGCCUGGGCUUGGCUCCCCUGGCGAUAAAGUAUGGCCAGUAGAGGGAGCUCAAUGUCAUUCCGAACUGAAUGUGGAAUUUGGAGGUGGGGAAGGGAGGGACACAGGGACAGAAGACGGGGAGAGAGAGGGGAGGAGGAGAGGGAGGACAAAUCUCCUGGCUGCUUUCCUUUGCUUUUGGGGGCUCCACCCUAGGCUCCUGAGAACUACACUCCAGACCAGGGGAGGGAUUCUCUGCCACUUGCCCUCUUUGCCAUUUUUUCAUUAUAUUCAUCCACUUAUCAAAACAGCUUCUGAGUACUUACGAAGCACUAGAGAUUCAGCAGUUAAGACAAUCAUGGUCCCUGACCUUGGGAAGUUAAAACCCCAGUGGAAAGGACAAACAGGCAACUUGCUAGAGUAGGGUAGGGCAGGCUGUGUGAACACAGGCCUCUAAGCCCUUCUAGGAGGGCAGUAAAAGUGGGGUGGUGGGAGUGGGGGAGCCUGCAAAGAGGAAGUGGUCUCUUCCUGACCAUGUGGUUGGGUGUCAUCCAGCAAGGCAAAGGGUCCUCGGUUCGAUCCCUGGUCAGGGCCUGGCGCUGCGUUCGAGAAGCAAUCAAUCGAUGUUUCGCUCCCAUUGUUUUCCCCACCCUUCCC